CCGGGACAACCCCCGGGACCGGGCGGGCGGUGGGUGGGUGCUGGGCUCCCAGCUCCGGCGUGACAAGUGGAUGUCACCCAGAGCUUCGGUUUCUCUCCCUCGUCGCCGUCCUGCGGAGAUGUGACCUCAGGUACCUGCAGGUUUCUCUUCGGUCCAGCCCCUGACUUUGAACCAUUCUCUCUGCGGGUCCUGCCACCUCCUUGGUGCUCCCUAGAUCGAGAGGGGUACGCGCGGAGCUCUCGGGAUCAAGCAAAGAAGUGGCAGCAGCAUCACUCCCCUGCAGGGGAUCCCGGACUCGCAUUCCCCCUCGCCCCUGCAUCGACCUGGGACUUGCAUCCCCAGUCUGCACUCCUCCGGGACCACCCCCAGGGCAGUCGGACAAGCAGAGGGCAGUGACGUGCAGCAUCUGUGAGACCUCAGUGGGCAGACACAUCAGAGGAGACAGGCGUGAGAAGAGCAAGGUCUUGUCUCUUUUGCCCCACUUCAAGUCACCCCAGUCACCAGUGGGACUGGCCACCCUGUCUUGUGGCCAUGGAGAACUCCUUCCUCCUUGAGACCAAUUCCUCCUGUGCAGACUGCACCACGAGGGGGGAUGAGGGUCUGAAUAUAUCCAGUCCCCCACUGAGCCCAAGCUUCUAUGCCGCAGUGCCUGUCAUCUACUCAGUCAUCUGUGCCGUGGGGCUGACGGGCAACACCGCUGUCAUCUAUGUAAUCCUCAAAGCCCCCAAGAUGAAAACAGUCACCAACAUCUUCAUCCUCAACCUGGCCAUUGCUGAUGAGCUCUUUACCUUGGUGCUACCCAUCAACAUUGCUGACUACUUACUCCUGCAGUGGCCCUUUGGAGAGUUCAUGUGCAAACUCAUCAUCUCCAUAGACCAGUACAACACCUUCUCCAGCAUCUACUUCCUCACUGUCAUGAGCAUUGACCGCUAUCUGGUUGUGGUGGCCACCACCAAGUCCAGGAAGAUGUCAUACCGCACCUACCGGGCAGCCAAGAUCGUGAGCCUCUGCGUCUGGUCCUUUGUCACUGUCAUCAUCCUGCCCUUCACUGUCUUUGCCAAGAUACACAGGGAGCAGGGGCGCUCCCAGUGUGUCUAUGUGUUCCCCCAGCCUGAGAGCAUGUGGUGGAAAGGUAGCCGGAUCUACACGCUGAUCUUGGGCUUUGCCAUCCCCGUGUCCACCAUCUGCAUCCUCUACACCACUAUGCUGCUCAGAUUGAGGCGUGUGCAUCUCGACUGCCAUGCAAAAGCCCUGGACAAGGCCAAAAGAAAGGUGACACUGAUGGUGGUUGUCAUCCUGGCUGUGUGCCUCUUCUGCUGGACACCCUACCACCUUAGCACAGUGGUGGCCCUCACCACAGACAUCCCACAAACACCACUUGUCAUUGGGAUUUCCUACUUCAUUACUACCUUGAGUUAUGCCAACAGCUGCUUCAACCCUUUCCUGUAUGCCUUUCUGGAUGACAACUUCCGCAGGAGCUUGCGCAAACUGAUGGAUUGCAGAACCACCACGUAAAGCCACCCCUCUGUCCCCUCUUGUGUCCCUCUCACAGUCAUCUGCUCUUCCUGGGUGACUCCAGCUCAAAGACUGCUUUUUCUUCAGCCUCCCUGUGAUAGCCUACAGGGCUUCAGAUUGUCUCACUACCCAACACAAACUGAGGACAGGUGGAUCUUUCCCAGCUCUCUUGCACUCAUUUCCUCAGCGCUGCUCUCCAUCCCUCACCCUCUUUUGGGUGAAGGUUUAUUGUUUGGUGGGGGUUUUGCUUAAUUUCUUCUCUAAUCUACUUUCUGUCCUGGUUUUGUAGCUCACAUCUGCAGCAGGUGCUUUCCCCCUUUUUUAAAGGCAUCACUUUGUGAAUUCAAACGAUUUCACUACUGCCUCUAUUACUGGUGAUUUGUAAAGCCCAAUAAAGAUGUCAUAUUGAGUGUCUUGCUUAA